AUGCAAGAGAUGUUUUCAGUGUAUAUGGAAAAUCGCGCUCAGAUGCCGUUCAUUGAGUUGUAUAUUAACUUUGAGCAAUCUGAGGCCGACCGAAAUAUCGAACGAGAAGAUUACAAUAGUGAUAGUGAAGAAGAGUUUGAAAGCAAUUACGAAGUUGUUGGUCAAGAGGGAGAUGAAGUUCAAGGUGACGGCACUUGGGAGGCAAGUGUGACGGACGUGGCAAAUGCGUUGGCGAACGACCAUCCGUUUGAGGAACCAUCUUUCAUGCGAGCGUUGGAUUUGGAAGCCAUGCAUGCUCCGGAGUUUCCUGAUUAUAUGAAUGCAGAAAUUCCUAUCGUCGCAGAUGGUGAAUUUGCUGUUGGAAUGGAAUUCAGUUCCAGGGAAGCUGUUAUUAUGGCGAUGAAAGAUUAUACUAUUCGAAGAGGUGUAGACUACAGAGUGUAUGAGUCGGAGCCGCUAACCUUUUACGCCAAGUGCACGCAGUAUGGAUCAGGUUGUGAUUGGCUUAUCAGGGUUAGCAUGAUCAGCAGAAAGUACUGUUGGGUUAUAAGGAGGUAUAAUGGUAGUCACACUUGUACUAGAGCAACCAUAUCACAGGAUCAUUCGAAGCUGGAUUCGAACACUAUUGCAGAAGCGAUAAAGCCGUUGGUCGAGGCUGACCCGUCAAUAAAGGUGAAAUCAGUUAUUGCUGAAGUGCAGUCAAAGUUCAAUUACACCAUCAGCUAUCGGAAAGCAUGGUUGGCUAAGCAAAAGGCAGUGGAAAAGAUUUUUGGAGGUUGGGAAGCAUCGUACGAAGCUUUGCCCAUAUGGUUUGAGGCAAUGUGUCAUAAGGAGCCAUCAGCAUUCGUCCACUUUGAGACUAUGCCUGCAUAUCAAGGUGAUGACUUGGUUACUGAUAUUCGGGUGUUGUCUCGAGUUUUCUGGAGUUACUAUCCAUGUAUUAGAGCAUUCAGACAUUGUAAACCCGUUGUCCAGGUAGAUGGGACCCACUUGUAUGGAAAGUAUAAGGGUUGUCUGUUGGUUGCGGUUUCACAGGAUGGUAACAACAAUAUUGUCCCAAUUGCAUUCGCUAUUGUGGAGGGAGAGACUUCUGAUGCAUGGCACUUCUUUCUUAGCAACCUGCGACAACAUGUGGUUACUCGAGAUGGUGUGGGACUGAUCUCUGACCGACACGAAUCCAUUAAUGCAGCUGUGGCCCGCAGUAACGGAGCUUGGUCGCCUCCUAGAGCCUUCCACAUGUUUUGCAUCAGGCAUAUAGAGUCGAAUUUUUUAAGGAAGUUUAAGGCACCUUACCUGCAGAAACUUGUGGUCAAUAUAGGAUAUUCGAGGACAUUCCGCGAGUACGAGUUGCGUUUCCAGCGUUUACGGGAGCGGGGUGAGGCUUAUACUAACUGGUUAAGCCGUAUCCCCCGCGAACAGUAUGCGUUGGCGUUCGACGGUGGUUACAGAUGGGGACACAUGACCACGAAUCUAGUGGAAUGCAUCAACUCAGUCUUGAAGGGGGCACGAAAUCUCCCUAUCACUGCACUUGUCAAGGCGACGUUCUACAGGCUUAAUGAGUUGUUCACACGAAAACGAGCCGAGGCGGAGGCUCGGAUUAAUGCUGGACAUGUUUUCUCUGAGAUUGUGACCUCCAAAUUGCAUGCAAAUCAACUUGCAUCAGGAAACAUCCAGGUGAGGUGUUUCGACAGACAGAAUGAGGUCUUUGAGGUGCGUGAGAUGCCAAGUGGAGUGGAGUACGCCGUCGACCUCCGUCGACACCGAUGUGACUGUGGUGAGUUCCAGGUGGAUCGUAUUCCUUGUCGACAUGUGUUUGCAUGUUGUGCGAAUCAACGGCUAGAUUGGCAAGGGUAUGUACAUGACGUUUAUAAGAUGGACCAAAUUCGACGCGUUUACCGAGCCAGGUUUAGGCCACUUGGGAAUCCUACUACAUGGCCUGCAUAUAAUGGGCCUCGAUUCGUGCCCAAUCCGUUCUUGCGACGGGUUGCCAAAGGUCGUCCAAGGAUGACUCGUUUCUUGAACGAGAUGGACACAAGAAUGCUACGUGGUCCUAGGAGGUGUAGGCAAUGUGGGGCUGAGGGCCACAGCCGUAGUAGAUGCCGUCAAGCCAGAGGCAACAAUGCUCAGUAG